AUAACAACAGCUUCAGCAGAACUGAGGUACCGACGAGAUUCUCGUCAUGACAAGUAAAUUCGGGACAACACACUCCAUCCCGUCCGAUUUUCCAGAGAUUCUCAAAGAGUUUGUCCGAGAAAUCCUCCGAGAGCAGCCCAAGAACAUUUUUGCGUUUGGUUCGAAAUAUUUCAAUCAGAAGCUAGAGCAAUAUGCGCCAGAGGAGUUCAAAACACUGCAACAAGAACAUCUCGUUGAAUAUCUAACAGACAUCUUCGUCAAGUCGGAUGAGGAUGGGAAUGGAGUCCUGGAUAAGCGAGAGUUUAAGACUCUCCUUCAGAAUGCAAACUUGGGCCUCACGAAGAAACAGAUCAAGUUGUUAUACUCUCAAGCUGACAUGAACGAAGACGGGCUGAUUCAAUACCGAGAGUUCAUCCCUGCUUGUAUAGAAUUAAUCUCAUCCAUCCAAGCCAGAAAAGAGACUCAGCAACAAGUGGAAGAGGCUGAACAGAGCGCAGCUGAGGCGGCAGAGAAUUAUGUCUUCCGAGGGAUUCCGCGGGAAGAGAUCGAGGUCAUGGUGAGAGAGGCCUUCGAUGAGGCGGACAAAGACAAGAGCGGCUACCUUGACGUCAAAGAAUUUCACGCGUUCCUACGGCAGCUUCCGCUGAACCUCACGAAGCGUGAGAUCAACAUGGCGAUGAUAGAGGUCGACGAGAACCAGGACGGCAAGGUUUCCCUGGAAGAGUUCAUUCCUCUGUUUCACAUGGUCCUGAUCGAGAUGGUCAAGAACAGCAUCAUCAGCCUGCAGUCGAAGCCCUCGCAGCUCUCCGACUUCCUGGUGCAAUGCUGUAGGGAGUACGACAAGGCUGGCAAAGGUUUCUUGACCCCAGCUCGAGUCUCCCGCGCACUUCGAGACGCCGACCUUGGGCUGUCUAAGUUUCAGAUCCUCAACAUCCUGGCGGAAGCAGGAUCAGUGGAGGGCAACGGCAUCGAGUACGAGCCUUUCAUCGUCAACGUAGCAGGCCCCAUGAUCACGAGAAUGUUUGAGAACGAAGAGGAGAUUCAGUUCCAGCAGACAGAAGCUUGGAAGCAGGUUAACUCUGCAGAGAUAGCAGCUGAGCAAUACCUGGGCAUGAGUAGGGACGAGUUCACGAGCAUCAUGGGGAGCGUCUUCCAGCAGUACGAUACUGACAAGUCAGGCUACCUCGACCUGGGAGAGUUCAUGGCAGCCAUGCGGGACUCCGGGAUUCCUUUCACCGACAAGCAGUUGAUCAUGCUGAUGGCGGAAGCUGAUCAAAACGACGACGGGGCGAUCCAGUACGCUGAAUUUGCUGAUGUUGCGCUUCAGUUGAUGCUGUAUGCAUACAGGGAAGAGCAGGUUCAGAACAGUUUGUCGAGAGCAGAACAGCAGGAAAGCUAGGUUUAAGAAGAUGAGAUACACAACAUUGAAUAUACAUGCCAUUAGUAAAACCAGAUCUGAU